AUGGCCCAAGCAGCGACAAUCCUCCCUCCCCUCUCCGCCCGCCCCAUAAAAAACACCAUCGUCCUCUUCGACGUCGACGGCACCCUAACCCCCGCCCGGCGCAACGCCUCCCCCGAGAUGCUACAGCUCCUCUCCCAGCUGCGCCACCUCGUCGCCAUCGGCUUCGUCGGCGGCUCCGACCUCGCCAAGCAGCAAGAACAGCUCGGCACGCCCUCCAUCCCCGUAACCUCGCUCUUCGACUUCUGCUUCGCGGAGAACGGGCUUACGGCCGUGCGCAUGGGCGUGCCGAUGGCGAGCCAGAGCUUCAUCGCGUGGUUGGGCGAGGACAAGUACAAGCGGCUGGUGAAUUUCGUGCUGAGGUAUAUUGCGGAUUUGGAUGUGCCGGUUAAGAGGGGGACAUUUGUGGAGUUUAGGAAUGGCAUGGUUAAUAUCAGUCCUGUGGGGAGGAACGCGAGUGUGCAGGAGAGGAACGAGUAUGAGAAGUUUGAUCUGGAGGCCGGGGUGAGGCGGACGUUCGUGGAGGCGCUGAAGAGGGAGUUUCCGGACUACGGGCUCACCUACUCCAUAGGCGGCCAGAUCUCCUUCGACGUCUUUCCAACGGGCUGGGACAAGACAUACUGCCUCCAGCACAUCGAAGCCGAUGCCAGCCUGCCGGACGGUGUCAAGUACGACACAAUUCACUUCUUCGGCGACAAGACGUACAAGGGCGGAAAUGACUAUGAGAUUUACAACGAUCCGCGUACGAUCGGACAUAGCGUCCAGAACCCUGAGGAAACGAUGGCGGAGCUGAAGAAGCUGUUCUUCUCGUAA